UCUUCACAUCACAACAGGAUUUUUUCAGACAGUUUAUAAAAUGCCUGUCAGUCUCUGUGGUACAUGGGAUAUGGUCAGCAAUGUCAACUUUGAGGGAUACAUGAUUGCUUUAGGGAUUGGCCUGUACACCCGUAAAAUCGCCCUGAAGCUAAAACAUCGUAAAGUGAUGGAGCAGGUGGGAGAUCGCUUUGUGAUCAAGACACUCAGCACGGUCAGAAACUACACUCUUUCCUUUAGAGUGAAUGAAGAGUUUCAAGAGUUCACCAAGGGACUGGAUGACAAACACUGCAAGUCCCUGGUGAAUUGGGAGGCAAACAGGAUGGUGUGCGUACAAAAGGGUGAGAAAAAGAACAGAGGCUGGGCGCACUGGAUUGAGGAUGAUAAACUUAAUUUGGAAUUGUACUGUGAAGAUGAAGUCUGCAAGCAAGUUUUCAAACGGGUUGUCUGAGGCCUUGUGGUGGAGUUUAAAAUUUGAAAAGACGCACUGAUGUAAACAAAGUAGUUUACACUUCUAAGUCAGAGGAACAUGGGCAAGAGGAAGGACCUAUGUUCCAGCCUAUGUCCCAAAACCCAGAUUUAACUAUUACAACCAGUGAGGCACAGAUUCCUGGAUUGUUGAAAGUCUAGAAUAGGAGUUAAGGUGCCACUAGAGGGCGACAUAAGACCAUUUACAAACAAACACUGUUCAGAAUGGUCAACAGUUCGUUGGAAAACAUUUUGUCAAUAGUGGUGUUCCUUUACCUGAUCACAAGACAGUAGCCACUUUCACAAAGAUGUAGCAAUGUGCCAAGUAUAACCUAAUGGCCCUGAGCCAUAGGCCUACUGCUGUUACACUUUAUUUCUGAUGUAAAUAAAUCCACAGUUAUUUUUUCACCAGAAUAUGAUGCAUUCCUUUCGCCUUUUUAAACAAAUUUUAUUUAGACCAUUUUGUAAGGCUGUGUUUUUAUAUAUAGGCCUAUAUUAUUAUUUCUGUAUGUUUAGUCACAUCUAAACAUGGUUUGUUAAUAUAGUCUUUAAUUCAAACAUUUAAAAGUGUAUUGUACAAUACAACAAAAACAUGUUAUAAUGUACUUUUUUCAGUGUUUUUGACAGUCAUUGCACGAAAUGCAAUCAACAAAUUAAAGUAAAAGGGAACUCUAUUGAAAAAAAAAACAUUUGUCAUCAAUUAAAUCAGUUGAAAGUAAUUUAC